AGGUUUAUGCCUUGAAUCCAGGUCAUGUCUGAGUCACACAGGCAGACUUUCAGGGAAUCUAAAAUAUUUGCCUCCAAGUUUCAAACCGCAGGAUCUAAAGAGAAACCCAACAUGAGUGGGGAGCUCCUGAUCAAAAACAAAGCAGAUAUUCAUUACAAAGCAGGUGUAGAUGCCAUGUCGCAGUUUCAGUUUGAGAAAGCUGUGUGCUGUUUCUCAAAGGCCAUCCUGCUCCAGCCACAACAGACCCAGGUCUAUGUAAAGCGAGCAGAAGCUUAUCUACAGCAGUGUGACUUCCAGUCAGCAGCGCUGGAUUACAGACACGCCUGCAUGCUGGAACCACAGACUGAGGUCUACUGUCAAAGACUGGCAUUCAUUUACUAUCUGCAGGGUCAGUGUCUCUAUGAUCUGGGGAUGUUCCUGGAGGCUCUGGAGGCUUUUACAAGAGCAGCAGAAAUCAGACCUGCUUUCCAGCUUUAUCACAUGAGAAGCUUGGCUUGUCUGAGUGCACUGGGCCGAUACUCUGACUGUCUUCGGCUGGUCGGUAACUGGUUGAAAACGGGUGACCCUUCAGCAGAUCUCUUCGUACUGAGUGCCCGACUGCACCAACAGCUCAAUCAGAUGGCAUUGUGCUAUCAUGACCUGAGAUCAGCAGUCAGAUUAAAGCCGGGGCAUCCAGAGGCACUCGUGAUGUUAAAGAGGCUACAGGAGAGCGCCGAACAUUACCAUCGUGCAGCUGUUGAUAAAGAGUUAAUGGGAGAACUUACAGAUGCCCUGGGAAAAAUAAACACUGCACUGGACUAUAACCCUAGUAAAGCACGGUACUUUCUCUUUAGAGGAAUUCUGUAUCGCCGCCUGAAAGACUUCAAUGCUGCCAUCGAGGACUUUGUUCUUGCGGUCGAAUUGUGUGGGCUUGAUGAAGAAGCACCUCAGGGUGAGAUGCAGGAGAUCUCGGAGGCUUUAGAGGACGACGCUCAAACCCAGCUGGUGCUCACCUACAACGAUUUUGCGGUUCAGUGCUUCUCCAAGGGUUUGUAUAGAGAAGCCGUGGUGCUGCUGAACAAGGCCGUGGAGAAACAGAAAGACGAGAGCGUGCUGUUCAUCAACAGAGGAGAUUGUUUUUUUAAGCAGUGCGAGUGGAUGUUUGCAUUGGCUGAUUAUCAGCUAGCAGAGGAGAUGGAUCCCCACAACACGGAUAUCUGGCUACGACUAGCUGUCAUUCACAACGCGCUGGGGUUGCACAGAUUCAACGACAAGAAGUACCAAGAGGCAGGAGAUUUGUUUUCUGUAGCUAUAAAGUACAACCCAACCGCAGUUCGGUACUAUGAAAAUCGAGCCAAAGCUUAUAGCAAAACGGACAAACUGGAAGAAGUGAAGCAGGAUGCCAUCAGAGUUCUUAUCUUGGAUCCCACCAAUGACCAGGUGGUGGCUUUGCUGUUGCGUCUGCUCCCAGGAUGCUCUUUGUCUGACAUCAUGUCCUGUGCCACUGCGCAGUCGGUCAAAAAACAGCUAAUGGCAAAGAUUCAAGCUUUUAAACAAGCCGUCUCAAAAGUGUCAAGAUUGGAUAAGUGGGCCCUUGUCAAAAAUGACAACCAAUCCCAAACUGGCUCUCACACUUCACUGGUUAGUGGUCCAGAGCAGAAGAUGAAGUUAUUUAAGGUGGACUGCAUAGUCAAAAGCAAACAACAGUUGAAUGAAUCGGUGAAGAAAGCUCUGCAUCAGAGGCGGCCGCUGCACCGUGAUGGGCCACGUCUGGCCCCUGUGCCCCGUGAACGUAAACACCCCGACACUCAGGAUCCACUUGUAGCAACCGUGUCCAGGAAAUUUAGGGGCCUUGGGCUUAAUUGUUAAAGAUCUGCUGGAAUCAGUCUCGGUAAUUCUGGACAAUCUGUUUCUCUCAAACUAAGCUGAAAUAGUGGAGUACAUCUAGCAUACACUCUUAAAAAUAAAGAUGCUUAAAAGAUUUCUCAGCGAAGCCAUAGGAGCAAUUCCAGUGUUAUGGAUGUGACAUUUGCAGUCAAAAUUUAAAAAUAUAAUUCUCAGAGAAUGCAUUUAUUAUCAAUACAUUGAACCAUCUGAUUAUAUUCAUAAACCCUUAAUGAUAAAGUCCAGUCAUCAGAAAAAUAUAAGUCUUUUUACGAGUUUUCUAUUUUAGAUGAGGGCAACAUGCAUGCGUUAUGGAUGUGACAAAAAAGCAUGUUUUUGGGAGACAACAUACUUUGUAGGAUUUCUGUGAAUUAAUU